UAAGGAGAUUACCGGAAGUUGUCUGCGUGUUCCACCGGUGCUACCUUGACACGGGUCAGUCUGGGAAUUUUACACACAACUACUUUUGAGGCGGAAUGCAGCAGUCGUAGCCAACCGUACUUGAUUCUUAAGGCAUUUUUCCUACCAUCGUGAGUCGGCACACCAUGGCUGGCUUCAGGCAAGAGGAUGUUGAGAUGUAUUAUGAGAUGGGAGAGGAGCUCGGCAGUGGACAGUUUGCCAUUGUUCGUAAGUGUAAGGAGAAGAGCACGAGUGUUGAGUACGCAGCCAAGUUCAUCAAGAAGCGGCGGCUGUCGUCCAGCCGGAGAGGAGUGAGUCGCGAGGAGAUCGAGCGGGAGGUCAACAUCCUGCGGGAGAUCCAACACAGCAACAUCAUCACGCUGCACGACAUCUUUGAAAACAAGACGGAUGUGAUCCUGAUCCUGGAGCUGGUGUCUGGAGGGGAGCUGUUUGACUUCCUGGCUGAGAAGGAGUCUCUGACAGAGGAGGAAGCCACACAGUUCUUGAAGCAGAUCCUGGACGGCGUUCAGUAUCUGCACUCCAAACGCAUCGCUCACUUUGACCUCAAGCCUGAGAAUAUCAUGCUGCUGGACAAGAACGUCCCCAACCCCCGGAUCAAGCUGAUCGAUUUUGGGAUCGCUCAUCAGAUUAAAGCGGGAAAUGAGUUCAAGAACAUUUUUGGAACACCAGAGUUUGUUGCGCCUGAAAUAGUCAACUAUGAGCCACUGGGGCUGGAGGCGGACAUGUGGAGCAUCGGGGUCAUCACAUACAUUCUGUUGAGUGGAGCGUCACCGUUUCUGGGAGAGACCAAGCAGGAGACCCUGACAAACAUCUCAGCUGUUAACUACGACUUUGAUGAGGAGUAUUUCAGCAAUACCAGCGAGCUGGCCAAGGACUUCAUACGCCGUCUGCUGGUCAAAGAUCCCAAGAAGAGAAUGACGAUCGAUGACAGUCUUGAACACCCCUGGAUCAAGGUGAUCAAGAGGCGAAACGUCCGCCCAGAGGAGAGAGACCACAAGACUGAGCGCCGACGCCUGAAGACCACUCGUCUGAAGGAGUACACGAUCAAAUCCCACUCCAGCAUGCCGCCCAACAACACUUACGUCAACUUUGAGCGCUUCUCCCAGGUCCUCGAGGAGAUCUCGGCAGCAGAGGAAGGCCUGAGGGAUCUGGAGCGCAAUCAGCGCUCGUGCCGGGAGGACGUGGCGGCGCUGUUGUCCAUUUACGAAGAGAAGGAGGGCUGGUACAAGGAGGAGAACCAGAGCAUCUCCAGCGACCUGAGCCACAUCCGCCAGGAGCUGCAGCGCACCCAAACCCAGCGCAAGAAGAGCCAGGAAGAGACCCGGCUCACCAUGCAGGCGGCCAACAUCCUCAAGCGCAAGUUCGGGCGCCUGGAAAACCGCUACGACGUCCUGGCUGAGCAGGUGGCCUCUGAGGUCCGCUGGGUGGAGGAGCUGGUCAAAUCCAUAUCUGCAGAGAGGGACGGCCUCGGCGUGGGCAGUACGCCUUGAGCCGGGCUGACGCUCAGCAAUGACGCAAUGACACUUUUCCAUCUCAAGUAACCUCCUGCCCGUCUUCUCUGCAUGUGUCUGACACAGUGGAGUAUGAGUGGGUCAGUCGUCAUCAUAAGCUACGCUGCUGCUGCCCAUCGGGAAAAAUGUUCCACCAUUUUAUAACAUGCUUGAGAGAAGGAGACGGAAGCAGAGAGGCAAUACAAAGAACCCAUUCCCCCCUGAAAAAGCUAAUUCCUGUGUUUUAUACAUUUAUUUAUAAUUUUAGAUAUUUUAAGUUCUGUUUUUUUUUUGGUUUUUUUGACCGUCUUUUUGCAUCGUACUUAACACAAAUAUUUGCAAACGUUAUCGGCUUUUUGUUGCAGUUGUCAGUUUGGCAGUUGAAAAAAUACGUUCAUUUAUUCUUCUUAGUUUCCUUAUUACAUCUUAAAUUCCCAGUGCUGUAAAAGACGUAGAUGUCGGCUCAUUUUCCUCAGGUUAUUGGCCAGUCUUGUGAGAAAGCUUCACAGUAAACAGUUUAGUGUAGAGUUCAGCGGUAUUUAUUUAUCCAGAUACGUUUCAGAUUCAAUUGCAGCUGAUAUUUAAAUUCUCUCAUAUGUUGGAACAGAGUGGUGACAAUAAAAAAAAAAAACAUGCAAUAAAUGUAAAGCCUCAGCAUAGAAAAGCUUUGUUUUACAGGUCUGUGAAUAAAAUAUUAUUAUUAAUACCAUUUUAUAAUUUACAAAUGACCUCACCAGCCAUCCCCUGACUAAAAGUCUUAAGAUUGUGCUAGUUAAGCAUUUAGGAGAUGCACAGUGCCCGUCGAUCACUCUGCUUUAUCUAUCAUUUGUACCAAAAAAAUCUAGGUUCUUUCCAGGAAACCUGGCAGAGUUGAAAUAAAGAGAUCAGCAAACCAAAAACAUCUUGUUUGAAGGACUUAUCUUCAAUUUGGAUCUUUUUGUUGCGUGGAUCCCUUUUUUAAAAGUUGGAACAUUUGUGACCCAUCAGGAUUUAGUUGUCCUUUUUGUAUUAUAUUCAGGAAACCUCUGAGGAGAUUACUUUUAAUCUUGAAUUACAGACCCGUGAAAUAAAGCGUUACCAGAUUCAGAAUGUAUAGAAUUAUUUUUGCAGUGCCUGUAAACUGAUCGACCGUAUUGCCUCUGCGAGCGCUCAUUUGUCAUCGAGUUAAAGGAGUACUCCGGUAAUUUUAAAACUUGACCCGAUACUAACAUGUUUGAGGAAGUAAAUGAUUCAUACUUACCAAGAAUUUUUGAAUCACCUCAGUAGACGUAGCUGUGGUGACUGACCUACCCUCAGUUACACCCACUAGGACAAGUGCUUGUCCUCGUCACUCAGGCCGACGUUGCCACAUAAAUAAGAUCUGAUUUUGCCACCAGGAAGUCUCAUUCGUGGAGAAGUGUGGCUCAAACAUGUACACAUCAGGGCCAGGAUUAAAAAUACCAGAAUUCCUCUUUAAUGACAUUUCUAUCACGUUGAUGCUGCUCAAUGUCUUAAACGCAACAACUUUUGCACAGUAGCCUUGUAAACCAAAUAUAGUGUGCAUGGAACCUUUGUCCGUAAACUGUAACUCUUGUCAUUCUGACCAUCUCUGCACACUGAAACAUUCCAUCAGUCCGUCUCACAUCCAGCCAACACAUUCCCCAUGUAGAGCAUAGUAAGUGUAUUAUUAUUGUUAUUAUUAUUUUUGUUAUUAUUGUAUAGUCAGUAGUAUUUUUGAGUAGAGAAAUGUACCAUUGUAUUGUUUGCACUUGAAUGGUUAUCGCGGUGUCCCAAAAUAUAUUUUAAUCUGUCUCUUACGUGUAGGAAGAGGUGCAAAGAUGAAAUGUCUGGGCUCGUCUCAAAUAAAUAAAGUUAUCACUGUUGCCGA